ACCUGCGGGCGGGGCGGGGCUCGGCGGCGGCGGCAAGUCUAGCGGAGGCAGAGCAGCGGCGGAGCGGAGGGUCCCGGCAGGCGCGGCCGCAGCUCAGCUCCCCGCAGGUCGCCGAGACCCUCAGAGCGCUGGUAGCUGCCAGUGGGGAAACCCAGGUUGCUCGCCAUGGCCAGCCAAGACCUCACCAGCAGCGCCCAGGAGCUCCUGGAUCUCACCUUCCAAUCUCUGGCUUGCAAGCACAUGGACCUCAAGCAGCUGGAGCUGGACACGGCCGCGGCCAAAGUGGACGAGCUCUCCAAGCAGCUGGAGUCACUCUGGACGGACCAUCCCGGGCCGCCUGUCCUGCCAUCCCUGGUGGCCGACAGGUACAGCUCCCUCUCCUCCCCGGACCUGCUGACGAUGGACGUCCGGGCUGCCUCCCCCCUGCACCUGCGGAAGAGCCCCACCUGGGACCUCACGGAGCCCAGCUUGUCCCCCUACAGCUCCUCGCCCAGCCAGCUUCUGGCCCCCAAGCCCACCCUGGGGCGCCCCUCCUCCCCCCGGCCUUCCUUCUUCCUGCAGUCAGAGGUGGACUGGAGCCCCUCCAGGCCCAAAGUCAUGGCCGUCCCUUAUGAGGGCCUGCCUGGCCCCGGGGCCCACGGCGGCUCCCCUCGCUCCCUCCGACCUGCCGGCCUUCCGGAGCGCCAGUUUGACUACCGUCCGUUUGCUGCCACCGGCGGGUGGGGGGGCCGGGCCGGCUCUCCGCGGCUGCCCGGAGAAAGCGCCAUGUCCCAGGCCUUCUUCCCAGAGCGAGGACCCUCUCCGCGCCCCCCUCUCCCGCCCCCCUACGAGAGCCACAGCCUGUAUCCUUCGGCACCAGGCUCCUUCUGGGCCCAAGACGACCUGGCGAUGCGCAGGAGGGCCCCGAAAAGCUGGAACGAAACGGAUCUGGACAUGGCGUACGAAAAGAAGGCGCCGCACCCUGUGGGCUACGAGCGUGUGGAUGCACACACAAGCCUUCGCCAGAGCGCGGCUGGGCUGCCCCUGGCUCCCUGGAAGGAGUCCAGCCUGGAUGGGGGCUGGGCAGGCAAGGAGGAGCAUUACGGGAUGAACAGUGCCACCUUGCCCAGGAACUACAAGGUCUCGGCCCUGGCUGGCGAGAGGCGCCCUGACAGCUCCUUCCGCCGCUCCCUGGCUGCCAACCAGGCUGGCACCUUGCCCCGCAACUGGCAGCCCAUCUCCCGCAUUCCCAUGCCCCCACCUGCCCCACAGGGCGGCAUCCUCCCCAGGCGCCACAAGCCGCUGCCCCUCUCCAUGAUCUUCCGGCUGCAGAAUGCCUUCUGGGAGUCCGGCGCAGCGGGCGGCAAACUCGGGCUGCCCCCGGGGCCAGUGGGGUCUCCGUUGGCCCUGCGCUCCCUACAGAAGCUGCUGCAACAGCCGUUCGCCCCAGCACAGGGGCCCUUCCGGCCGGUGCAGCUCAGCAGCGAAGGCAGUGCCAGCCCAAGAGCCACGGCGAUGCCAGCUGAGCGCAUCGUGCCCAUCCUCCUGACGCCGAGCGAAGCGGAGCCCGAGCUGGAGAGCCUCUUGCCGGGCAGUGAGCCGGCCGAGAUGGAGGACCUGGCCCGGCCCCUCAGCCCCACCCGGCUGCAGCCGGUCCUGCCCCCCGAGGCCCAGACGGUGCCCGAGUUCGAGGAAGUGGCCCGGGUGCUGGCGGAGAUGCCUCGGCCCCUGAAGCGCCGGGGCUCCAUGGAGCAGAACCCCAGCCCGGCCCUGCUGCCCCCCCACAAGAAACAGUACCAGCAGAUCAUCAGCCGCCUCUUCCACCAGCAGCCCCGCAAGGAGGUGGCUGCGCCCGUGGGGAACCCCCCCUCCCAGCCGGACCUCUCGCCCAUCAUUGAGGCCACGGAGCAGAAGGGGGCCCCGGCCACCCCAACCGCCAGCCCUGCCAUGACCCCCCCGCCGGCACCAGAGAGCCCGGCCACUCUCUCUCCAAUGCCCAGCCCGGAGAAGCGUUCGGCGCUGCGCAAGGUCUCUUCCCCCCGGAAACGGACGACCAAGAAAGCGCGGCUCAACCCCCUGGUGCUGCUGCUGGACACGGCCCUGACAGGAGAGCUGGAGGUGGUCAAGGAGGCGGUGAAGGAGCUGAACGACCCGAGCCAGCCGAACGACGAGGGCAUCACCGCCCUGCACAAUGCCAUCUGUGGGGCCAACUACAGCAUUGUGGACUUCCUGAUCAACAUCGGGGCCAACGUCAAUUCCCCAGACAGCCACGGCUGGACCCCCCUGCACUGUGCAGCUUCUUGCAACGACACGGCCAUCUGCGUGGCUCUGGUGAAGCACGGGGCCGCCAUCUUUGCCACCACGUUCAGCGACGGGAGCCUGGCCAUCGAGAAGUGCGACCCAUAUCGAGAAGGCUACAACGAGUGCUUCAGCUACCUGGCAGAGGUGGAGCAGAACAUGGGGCUGAUGAAUAACGGGGUGGUCUACGCCCUGUGGGACUACAGUGCUGAAUUCGGCGACGAGCUCUCCUUCCGCGAGGGCGAGAUGGUCACUGUGCUGCGCCGGGAUGGCCAGGAGGAGCAGGACUGGUGGUGGGCCUCUCUCUACGGCCAGGAGGGCUACGUGCCCAAGAAUUACUUUGGGCUGUUCCCCAGAGUGAGGCCCCAGCAACAGAAGACGUAACGGCAAGGCUGCCGGAGGGGGAGAGCAGGAGUCGGUGCACGCGGAGAGACGCAGGGAAGGGGCCCUUUCCCUGCUUCUGCUGGCCACCCGCUGCUUUCAGGAGAGCGCAAACGGAGGGGGAGGGGUGGCACUCAACCCUUCCAUGCUACCCCCCUCCUCCCAUCGCCUUUCUUGCUUCUCUAUGUGAAUCCCCCACCCCACCAACCUGGAGGAGAGCUCUUGGUGCCUUCACUGCAGCCAAUGCAGGCUUGGAAAUUGGCCCAGUGCAUCGGGAGUUGGGCUGCACUGGGGGGCUCCAGUUCUCCUCUGCCCCAGUUUUGCUGACUUUCCUCUGGAGCCCCCAGCAGAGUUUGCCUUGGGUGCUGCCUCCCGGACUUCAUCCUUGGGGUCCCAGCGGUGCUGCUGCCCCCAACUCAGUCAGUGGGACUUUAAACAUCUUUUCUUUUUACCCUCACCAAAACAGUGCAGGAAGACGAAAGACGGGGCACCCCCUGGCUCUUUCUGCGUCUUCUUUUGGGGCACCUGGAGAAAGAGUGAGCUGCCUCUGUGCAAGGACAGAGUGCAGAAGGGGGGGGCUCUGGUGGGGGCAGGCCGCAGCCCCCAGGAGCUGAACUCAAAGUCUUGGGCUCCAUAAGUCUACACUUAGUUUUCAAUGGGCUAUUCUCAGCUCCAGUGCCUUCUCAGAAAUUCUCGCCGCACUCAAGGCAUGUAGGGCUGACAAGCGCCCCGUCAUUUUGAAACGAGUUAAGGGAUCCCAAGUUGCCACCUCUCUGCGUAACUCUCAAGCGACGCCACGGCUGGGAUCUGCUCCCCGCGGCAUCUUGAUUCAACGUUAAGAAUGCGGUGCAGAGUCCCCUGAAUUCAGAUCAGCCAACUCUUCGCCCUCAGAGAAGCCCCCCAUUUUUACAAAUCCUGUCUAAAGUUGAACCCUGUUGUGGACUGGAUUCCCUGAGGUUGCAGCUGAUGUUCUGCCAGGGCGGAAGGGAAGGCCCUCGGCUGCUUAACCUGGGGGGGAGGGAGGGAGGGAGGGAGGAUGUUGCCCUCUGCUCAGUGCCUUCUUUUUGCCCGCCUGGGCAGAAGCUGCAACUUGCGUGCCAAAGCUUGGUUUCUGUGCCUGCCUCUGCCAAGCCAGUGUGGGGACUCUGGGAGCUUCGUCCGGCCGAGGGGGCCCUUCCUUUCACGCUGUGCCUUAAUGCCAGGGUGUGUCCCAGGGCUUCUGGGGUGUGACUUUGUGCCUUUUAAGUGGGUGGGGCCUUUCAGGAAUAGCUCCAUGCAGGUUGGGGGUCCGUGGCCUGCAGGUUCCUCAUCUGAAGGCUGCUUCAGUUGGGGCUUCAGAUCCAGGGAGGGGGGUCUCUGGGGAUCCAGGUGGGCCCUUCCUGGUAUUGUUGGUAGCCCUAGUUGGAAAAUGUAGCAUUCCGUAAUAAAAUGGUCUA